AUUCGUUAGUCUACACGGCAAGCGACAACGACGGGCAAUGCCCUAAAUCAGGUCUUAAAAUCGCCGUCUGAGCAUUUUUCAUUGCAACAAACCGGAAUUUUUGCAUAAUGGAGACGACAAACGUAAAGAAGGAAGAAAUCUCUAUUGGGCGGAGCUUGAACAGCCCUUUUUUAGCCGCUGGUCGUGUUGGGGCCGACGGGAAGAUAUCCAGAAAGCGCUCUAGGGUUUCCAAGAGGAUUCCAACCACUGUUCUUAAUACAGAUACCUCGAAUUUUAAGGCCAUGGUGCAGCACUUCACUGGAGCGCCUUUUACCAAUUCCAGUAUUUUUCCUAACCCUAGGCAAGGACUUGAAGGGUUCAAUUUCUAUAUGCCCAACAAAUCCAUGGCUUCUGAUCAGAACAAGUUUGCUUCUUCUUUCAACGUUGCGAGACCACCUUCUGCGCCUUUUGAUAUUCCUCCUCAGUCUGAUAUUGGUUCUUCCUUCAUCAAUUUCUUGCACGAGAGACCGUUGAAUUCUGAGGAGCUGCAGAAUUAUAUGACAGAUGUGACCACCGGGAGUAUGUGGGAUGAUGUUUUGAGGAGCGAUUAUCCCUCUGCUUCUCCUUUGUCUACCCAUUUUUCAUGAUGGGUGAGUAGAUUUCAAUACAUGGAUAGCAUUCAAGAUCACUGCCACACACACUGUUCUUCAAUUAUGGCCAUCAUCGGAGGGCCCGGUUCAUGUAAAUAGCAAACUGAAUAGUGGAUACCAUUGUCAGUAUGUGUUUUCUUUCCAAGCUGGUUUUCUUAUGAACGAGCUGAAUUUAUUAAAACUUAAAAGCUAGGUAUUGUAGAUUUCUGUUAAUGUAACUAAUUCCUCUUGUAACCAGCCAUUUCAAUAUAUCUACUGUGAUCUAUUUUUUUAAA